AUGAAAUGUUUGACUACAAAAUUAGAGAAAAAACCAGCAUCUUCACAGAUUUUUGGAGAUGGCGAAGAUUUGUUGGUUGGCACUUACCAAUUAAAUUCUAAUAUAAAUUCUGUUUCAUCCUAUGCUGGCGAAUUAUUUGUAAUUAGAACUAAGGAUUUGACUGUAAAAUGUAGCCUUGACUUGGGUGCUGGUAUUUUCCGGUUCAUUUUGGACAAUGAUAAGUGUGUGCUUUCACUUACGGAUGGACGACUUGUUAUAGUAGAGUAUAACAACGAGAAUUUAUUCUCUACUGCACAAUUCAAAGUCUGCUCUCAAAUGUUGCUAGAUUGUUCUGUUUUAAAUGAUCGAAUACUUUCUACAAAUACAAAGGGUCAAAUAUUUUUAGUUAAUGUUGAAGAUGGUUCUUUUGUUUCUAAUUGUGGACAUAAGUCAAAAUAUGGAUUAGAGGAAUGUGAAGUUUGGUGUUGCUCAUGGAUAAACGAACAAAUUUUUGCGACCGGUGCAGAAGAUGGAAUUUUGAAAAUUUGGGAUUUGCGUUGUACUUUUAGUUCAGGCGAGCAACAAAAGAUUGAGCACUCUGCUGGUGUUACUUCUUUAUAUAAAUUGAAUGAUGAUUAUCAAAUUAUGUCAGGUUCAUAUGACGACAAUUUAAGGUUAUUUGAUUGGAGAAAUUUAAAUAAACCACUUUCGAUUUUGAAGUUAAAUGGUGGAAUCUGGGAAGUUACUCCAAUUGAAAAUGAUUAUUUUAUUUUGGCUUGUAUGUAUGGAGGUGCAAGUAUUAUUCAAAAAUCUACCAAUUCAACAUUAAAUCUUGUCCACUCUUGGCAAAGUAAUAAUCCAACAGAUCUUUGUUAUAGUGCUAAAGCAAUUCCAAUUGAAGAAGAUGAAAUAAAAUUAAAAAUAUUUACAUGUUUUUUUAAUGAUUAUUCUGUUAGAAAAGAAUUAAUUAAAAUUAAAAGAAAUUUUUAA